AUGGCUCUUGAUGUAAUCAACAUAGUAAAAAAGCAGAAAAGAAAAUUGAAGAAUUUUUCUUGGAAAAUGAAGUUUGCACAACUGGGAAGUAAUGUCAAUCCAUUGCAAGCUGUGACUGGCUUACUCGACUGGCAUCUGCUUGAAAUCACGACCAAGGGCUUUUGUAAUGAUAUCUACCAGCUACAUUUCUGUGGGCACAAAGCUAGUGGCAAUGCCUUUAGCAAGAAG